AUGCAUAUCAACUUCGCUCACCUCUUCCACCGCGACCUGCUCCCCCUCCCCGCUGGCGCGAACGAUUCCGACACCAUCCUUGGCGGCGUUCACUUCAACCGUACCGUCCUCAACUUCUGGAACUACACCCUCUAUUCCAACGGCACCAUCUCCAACGGCUCGAAUUGCUUCCUUACAGAGCAACCUCAUACCCCCGUCUACCUGUUCCCGAAUGGCUCCUUCGUCAACUCGACAUGGUGCUACGACCCCGUCCGUACUAUCGGUCCCCGCGCAAAGGCCGGCGUGGGAAUUGGUGUGAUUUUCGCUGUCGCCCUAAUGCUCAUUCUCGCCUGCCUCAAGAAACACGGCAAACAAUAUCUGCCGACGGUCAAACGUUUCUAUCCCGUCGGAAAGAGAUGGCAGUGGUACUACGCCAUUCUCGUCUGCGUCACAGCCUUCAUCAGUCUCUUCACCACUAUUGAUGUCGAUCGCUUCUGGGUCGUCGGACUGCCCAUCAUCCUCAACAGCUUCUUCUGGUAUAUUAUGCAGCAGUUUACCAUGGCGCUGGUAUGGGAGGCCGUUCGUCACUGGGGCAGCUGGAGCGAGCGCCAAUUCAUCGAUCCGGAUCCGUUCUCCCUGCGCGAGGGUGACAAGCGGAGCAAAUUCGAGUUCUGGCUUCCGUUGUGGUAUUAUCUCUGGCUAUGGCUGAACUUCUUCCUCAUCAUCCCCCGCAACUGGGGCGAAAUCGAGAAACAGCGCUCCCCAGAUCAAACCGCCUCUCGCGCCGCCCCGAACGCAACCGACGUCCGCUUCAAAGUUGCUACCUUCUGCCUUGUCGUCUGCUGGCUCACCAUCAUUGUCUCCCUCCGACACUCGAUCCUACACUACUACCCUCGCAACCGGGGCAUCGUCAACAAGGCCCGCGGCUUCAUUCGCUACCUACCAUGGCGCUUUGUGCUAAUCGUCCCCCUCGCGGCCUGUCUCGUCGCCUACCAGGGACUAGUUUCGUUCAAAUGGGACUAUUCCGUCCUCAACACCAAAGCGAACCUGGGCGCCGUCUACGCCGGAGGCUACGGUCCGGCGCUGCUGAUUCUCUAUAUCCAAAUCAUAUACGGCUUCACCUCCCCGAACGAGGACAAGGAGCUCAUCCGCCAGCGUCGCGUACGCGGGGCCGAAAUCGACCGGGACAUGGGUUACGUCCCGAAGCCCGCGUGGUGGAAGCGCAUAAACAGAGACGACCACCUCGUCGGCAAGAUGUCCCUGCGUGACCGCAUCGCGCGCAACGUCCGCGAAGUGGGCGGCGGCAACGCAACGGCGCGCGGCGUACAACAAAACAUUGAUGCGCAGAAUGCCGAUCACGAGCAGGCGGACCGCGAAAUCGAGAUGGGCAACAUGGCCGGCAACAGCUCCACGUCCACCCCGGUACGGCCGGGCUUCGACGCCGCAAAGGGCUCGACGUUUUCCACGUACAGUGGCAAGUCGGACCGCCGUCGGCAGGAGCGGACUAUGAACGCCGCAGCCGAGCUUCUCUUCCCCAACUCGGGACCUGCUCGUGCGGACCGCUCGGCAGAGCUGAUGCAGGAUGGUCCCCCGCCGGCGUACAGUGACGUCCAGGCCAGGGGUAGACAGUCCGACAACAACUCGGUCAACUCCUUGACCCCCGGGCAGCGGAGCAACAGCACCAGCACCGCCGUCUCCUUGUCCCAGCAGCCCCAACAAGUGAAGAGCAUGCUGGAUGUGUAA